UGAAUUUCGUGUCAAUUUACCAUCUAACAAUACAGGCUAACUCCGGAGUUAAAUGACCUUGCAAUAUUCUCACCAGUUAUCACUGGGAUAAAAAAUAAGAAUGACUUUGAGGUAAAUUCAGUUGACAACGUCUAAAUGUUAAUAUCGUAAAAAUGACCCCAUCUUAUUAGAUAUCAAUAAAAUUGAAUUACAAUAAACUACAUAUUUGUAGUGUAGAACCAACUGGGUAAAAAUGUAAUUUAUACAUUCACUGAAACAUUUCCAACAGUUGUAACUUUUUAUGUUCACUUUUUAUAAAAAAAGACAUGUCAGCACGAUCCUUACAUUUGCAAACAACUGGAUCCAGUUGUUCGAAACUUUAACAGGCGAGUUAACGGUCGAUUAACUUUAUCAGUAGAUUUCGACAGUUUAGAAAACUUAGAAAAUCAAAUGUACUUGUUAAGGAUUUUAAACACUAAAUCAUCUUUACAGUAAACUUAAAACAUCAUACUAGUAUUUCCCACCCACCAAGACUAGUAUCUUGAAUAGAAAUUUAACAGGCGGUUAGUUUAUCAGCUUAAUGCAGUAGUCGUGGGUUCGAGCAUCGUUGGGGACACGACCAUGACUUCUCAUAUAACCCCAGUACUAGUUUUCAUAGGAAACGGACUCGAGAGUGGUUACAAUAAGCUUAAACAGUUAAAGCUUUCAUCACAAUCGAGCUAAAACAAAUUAGUAUAAACUAAACUAACCUAAACUAAAUUACAACCCGUUUAAGUUUCGAACAACUUGGCCCAGUUAGAAAGUAAAACAACUACAUCAUUCUUACAAGAAGGGCACGAUAUAGUAAAAGGUAUUCGUAGUCCUACGAGCAUCUACGCUCUAACUAUAUCCUGAUAGACAAAGUAAACAAAUAAAAACAAUAACUAACUAACUAACUAACUAAAUAAAUAAAUAAAUAACCUGGCUAUCUUCUUGAAUCAACGAAUCAACGUAUCUGUCAUCGUGUUUCGCCAACAUGCAAACUUCUCACAAAAACUAAUUGUUCAGCAUGCAGUCCAGUUUUGAGUAUUUUUGAGAAAUCCAUAUUUAACUGUUUAGCAUUAAUUUUGUGAUUGCAAAUGACUCAAAGUGUUAAUGAACGUUAAAUCUUAGUAAAUCCGGUAUUUGAGUAAAACUGAAUUUAUACAAGUAACCUGCAUUAUUUCAUAUGCCCUACUGACAAUUAAGCGCUAACGGUACAAAGAUGAUAUUACUCUUAUAAAAACACGUUCAUCCUAAUUUCUAUAGAAAGCGUGGGAGAGUUUUCAAUAAUUGCAGUUUUUAUGUCACGUGGUCUAAGUCGGAUAGACAACUCGUGCCGUUGUCUACGGGAUAUAUACAACUCGCUUUGCUCGUUGUAUAUAUCCCGUAGACAACGACACUCGUUGUCUAUCCUAUACUUGUAAAAUCAAUAGAUUUACUUUGUAUUGCGUAUAUAAUACAGCUAUCCGAUACUUCAGUAAAUACGCACAAAAAUAUGUACACAAACUUCCUAGUUGAACAACUGGAAGACAUGUUAAAAGGGAUACUUUGAUUAUCAGAAAAUGUUAGCCUCACAGACGGGGAUUUAUGAUGAAACAAGUCCGCAUAAUCUGCUGUUGCAUGCCUCGUCGAAGGGUGAUUUACAACAUAUCACAGAACUCAUAGAAAAGGGAGUUAACGUGAAUGAUUACAAUGAGAUAGGUCAGACUGCCUUGCUUGCAGCCUCAAUAGCAAAUAAAACGGAAGCAUGCGCACUUCUUCUUGAAUAUGGAGCUAAUGUAGAUCAUACUGACAUAGGUGGUUAUACGGCUCUGCACUUAACAACAGAUGCAGAGUUAACGAAUUUGCUUUUACGCUAUAUAAAAAAGGAGGAAUUAAUAAAUGCUAGGACAAAAUAUAACAGGACGCCUUUACAUGAAGCCGCUUUUCGCGGUUCUUCGGGAAAGGUAUUUGCACUUUUGUCUAACCAUGCAGAAGUAAAUGCAGAAGACGUAAAUAAAGCGACAGCUCUGCAUUAUGCAGUUGCUCGUUCGGGCGAUGUAGAUGUGUCUUUUGUUGAAGCUUUAAUCGAAGCUGGUGCAGACGUCAACAAACAAAAUAUAUUUCUACAAACACCAUUGGCGAUCGCAUGCAAGCAACACCAAUUUAUGCGCAACAUCAUCACUAUACUGCUUAAAGCUGGUGCUGAUCCAGUGAUACAAGCUAAUGAUGGUAACACAGCUCUCCAUGUCUUAUUCUUCGGAACAAAUUUAUUUGAACCCAAUCUCUCGGUGGACGUAGUAGAGGAGUUAGUUGGUGCAAACAAGAAGUGCUUAGAAACUAUCAAUUUAUAUUGCGAGCUUCCGCUUCAUGGAGCACUAUCAAAAAGACGAAAUGAGAAAAUUGCACUGCGACUUCUGACAUACGACGCUGUGAUGUCAGAGUCAACAGAUAAUUUAGGAAGGACAAUAUUGCACUUGGCAUGUGAAAAAGAUUAUCUCAGCAUUAUUGAAAAAUAUGUCGAAAACCCGACAGUAAUCAAUGCAACUGACUGCUUAGGCAGAUCUACUUUGCACUAUAGUUGCAUGCAUUCUGAGGAUGGGAAUUCUGUUAAGCUUAUUUUUCAAAGUAAGACCUUUCGAGUUUGUGGUUUAGUGGACUGCUUUGGGUAUACAGCCUAUCAAUAUGCUAAAGCAAGACCAUCUGAAGUGGGUAAGAAACUAUUGAAUCACUUUGAUGAUCAUGUUAGGAGAACACAUUGCAACAGUUGCAUGACAGAUACUGCUGUUCUUCGUAAAUAUUCCGAAGUGUUUAAAGAUGGAUCAGAACAACUUUCUUCGCUCCUUACAAAAAUGGUGGUAGACACUAAUUAA